AUGGACCCUCCAAAAGCAUUCCCGAUUCUCCGCCUCUCAUUUGUUCCGAUUCAAGAAAUAUUCAAAGCGAUGAAUCCAUUCGAAAUAGUCAACUUCUCCAUGAUAUCUAGACGGGCAAAAGCGGUAACAAUGCAGAUGACCUUCUAUUCGAAAUAUUCAAUACAAAUUCUUAUCGGUAAAGAACUUGAAGUCACGGUUGUGGGUCCUAAGUAUAUGACACAAUGCUUUUACAUAAUCACAUCAAAGGAAGAAAAAAGUGGAAAAAUUGCGGAAAAUAUUUGGAAUGAUUGGAAACAGCUACUUGUAUGGAAAUACUCGAAUAAUCUAGUAGAGGAAUGGAAGCAGUUGUGUAUAUAUGUAUUGGAAAUAUUUAAAAAACAAACAAUCCGCGUGUUUUCAAUAGCUUUAGAUGCAUACGUAGAUCAGAACGUUUCAAUUAUUGAUUUUUUGAAGACUAAUGUGAAAUCAGUGAACGGAUGCAAUCUGGAUCAGUGGGAAGGAGAAAAUGAUGUAGAUGAACAUGCAGCAUAUGUCCUAGAGAAUAUCCAAAUUACUUUUGAGUUGUUGCUUUGCUUACACAUCAAAAGCAAUGAUUUCAUUUUGAAAAUUCCAAAAGAACUGAUGGAAUUAACUAUGAUCAAGUCGCAAUGGGUUGGAUAUGACAAACUAUUGGAAAUAGAUUUUAAGAGUGUGAUCCUUAAGGAAAAUGAAAUGUCGGAUGAACAAUGGAACUUGUAUUUCAAGAAAUGGAUAACAAUGGAGACUCAUUUGAAUCUGGAACAUUUGGAACUCGAUUAUAGAGAUAUCGAAGAGUUCAGAGCACUCGUAUUGCAUGAUAUUCCGCAUGAAGUGGUGGAUAGAGGAGUCAAACGAAUCUUGAAAACUUAUUGUGAUGUAAAGAUAGAGGUAAGCGGAGGAAUUGACAUCAGACGGAUCGAUGGAAAAACUGCCACAUUUUUCUUCGUUAGUUGGGCAUUUCAAACGGUGAACUUUGCGAUGAGUAUUCAUUGA